UCAUUCGACUACAACUCAACAUGGCGUCGCAGCGCAUCGACGGAGCGAAAACGAUGGAAAACCCGAGCGCAACUUCAUCCCAUCCCGGUUUCAGCAGCGAGAAAUACUCUUUACUAGUGGUAGUCGGGGAGCACACCGCUGCUGGCUCUGUCGAGUACUUAGUUUCGGAGAUUGAACGAGGUAUCCGCUCCUGGGACGUGGACCCGUCCUCCUGCAAUUUAGACGAGCAGCUCAAGCUCUUCGUCUCCAGACACUCUGCAUUCUUCUCCGAGGAGCUCAAAGGCCAGAGGACGCUGCAGCACAGUGGAGAUGUUCUGGAGACCCAGGUGGUUGUGAACCCAUCACACAGUUUGGUGUGUUUAGAGGUCCGUCGGCUUAUUACUGACGUGUCUCGUCACAAGCUGCUGAUUCUGGCCGGACAGUGUGUGGAAGAUUCUGGCGACCUUGUGUUACAAACGGGUUGCUUUUCCCUUAAUGACUUUAUCCAGAUAUUUGCUCAUGAGGAGAUUGGUGAGAUGUUGAGCUCGGCUGACCCUACACACAAAGCAAGCCUUACACUGAGUUGCCCCUUAUCUGGUUCAUGGAAAAGCUCCAUGUUGGAGAAGCACAAUUUGCAAGACUUUAUUGAAAUCAAGACCAACCCACCAUCAGUGCUGCCUGAAAUGGAAGGCCUGCAGGAGUUUACAGAGUACCUUUCUGAGUCUCUCGAACCUCGGUUAGCUUUCGAGCUCCUUGAGCCUCCUAGCACGGUCGGCUUUCUAAAACUGUCCCGUCCCUGCUGCUAUGUGUUUCCUGGUGGUAGAGGAGACUCCGCCUUCUUUGCUGUGAACGGUUUUAAUGUCUUGGUCAAUGGUGGGUCAAAUUCACGCUCAUGUUUCUGGAAACUGGUGAGACAUUUGGACAGGGUGGACUCAAUACUUCUGACACACAUUGGUGCGGAUAACUUGCCAGGUAUGAACAGCUUCCUUCGGAGAAAAACGGUAGAGCAGGAAGAAGAGGAUUCAGCUGGUUCCCAGAGCAAUGAAGACUGGCAGAGGAACUUAAUAUCUCCAGAAAUCGGGGUUGCGUUCCUUAAUGCCCCUGAAAGACUUAAGACACUUCAAGGUGAUCCGAAGGUCUUGCGCGGCUGUGAUCAGGUUUCACUUACACUACAGUAUCUAGAACGUUUAUCAAUUUCUCCAGAAUCCCUCAGUCGUCCUAACAGUCCAAAUAUUGACCCGCUGAUCCUUUUUCAGAAGAUGGGUGUCGGCCGUUUGGAACUGUAUGUUCUUAAUCCAGUCAAAGGUAGUAAAGAACUAGAAACUUUUAUGCAAAAAUGGCCCAGCUGUGUAUCUGGUGUAAAGGGUUCAGAAAUUCCUUUACCCUGCCUGGUUUCUAUAUGUGCACUGUUGGUAUGGCAUCCUGCUAACCCUCAAGAAAAAAUUGUUCGUGUUCUUUUCCCUGGUUGCACACCACAGGCGAAAAUAUUUGAAGGGUUGGAGAAGUUGAAACAUCUAGACUUUCUUAAGCACCCAGUGGUGAGUUUACAUGAUCUCGACUUAUUGAAAUCUGACAAGCAACCAAAGCGUACAGAGAGCAAAGAAAGCCUUAAGUCUCUCACCAAAGAUUCGAGACCCGUGAGUGCCUUACUCGUCAAAGACAAAGUGAGCAGAGUUGACGUGAAGAAACAAGACACUAAAGUGAAACCCAAAUCUAUAACGGAAACCGGAGUAAAAGAGAGUAAAGAAGUCGAGGAAAAAGCGAAGCCAAAAGACGAUGCGAAACAAAGACUCUUUAAGCCAUUGGUUAAAAAGGAGCCUGUUAAAGAGGAGAAAAAAGAAGUGAAGAAGAAAGAGGAACGGCCCUCAACCAGCCUUUCGACAAAUCCUCCCAAGAAAGAUGAAAAUCUUGACAAAAAGAAGGAGUUAAUAAAAAAAGACUUGGGACCCAAAACUAAAAAAGAUGUUAAACCUGAAAUAAAGAAGGAGAUUAAGAAGGAGGCUAAACCAGAGGAGAAGAAAAUGACAACUAAGCCAGCUGUCAAGGACGCCAAAAAAGCCUCUGGAAGCGCAUCUAUCGAGAUGAGGAAGCCAGCCAGCAAGAAAGAUUCGGCAAUCAGUAAAAAGGACAGUUUACCAAAAGGAAUGAAGCCGAAACCAGAGAAUAACGAAGCGCACAUUCGGAAAACAAACUCUGACCAAAACUUGUCUGAGGUUAUAAGUGCAGACGUUGAGAAGUUGAAAUUGGAACAUCGAGUAUUGGAUGAGGAAGGGAAUUGUUUGGGUUCUGCCGCAGAAGGCACCGAGCAAACUAAGAAAGAUGAACAUCAGUUAAACGGAGCCCAAAGUGGAACAGACUUUUCAGACACUCCAGAGAAAUUUCGAUGUACAGAGACAUUAUCUGCCUCACAUUCUGCUCUGGGCUCUCCUUCACCACUUGCAAAGAUUCCAAAAAAUGAGAAGAGUGUCAAUUUUGAUCUCACACCAAUGGAGCACGGGUUAAUUGACGGAGUUCUUGAAACGGUCUCUCCAGCAAACAGUGCAGCAUGGGUACCAUUUUGCCAGUCACCUAAAUAUAAUGAUCAAGACACUGGUCCUGAAGAUAUUCAUGAGGCAGUUAGUUCAAAGAGUCUCCCAGUUGCCAACUCCACUUCUUUUAAGGACAACAUCCCAGAUGUCUCAUCCACAAUCACAUCCCUACCUGCUGAGGAAGGUUCUCCACACUCAACUGAGGUGGAUAAUUCUUUAUCAGUUUCUUUCGAGCAAGUAUUACCUCCUGUUGGACAAUCAGAAGACUGCAUAUACACCAGUGGACACGAUUCAAAAGCAUCUAUGUCAUUACCUUUAAGGACAUUACAUAAUGAUGACCGAAACUGUAAUGGUUCAGAGAAACCUCUCUCUGGCCCACAGUCUCUUUUCCCCGAUAUCCCACCUCAUGAUGUUGACCUUUGUUUGGUGUCACCUUGUGAAUUCGAGCAUCACAAAUCUCCAGACAACCAAACGGGGUUACCUAGCCCAGGUCCUCCGAACUUCUCACCUGAGAGUGACCAGUCUGAAAAGUCAGCAAAAUCACUUUUGCAGUGCAACAAUAACAGCAUCUGUAACUCUUCACAAGGCCAAGUGACAACACUGACCUCUGUCAGUGACUCCUUUCCUACUGUCUCAGACUCCGAUGUCCCGCCAGCUACCGGAGAAUGUCCUUCAAUUAGUGAUGACUUGGAUUCUGAUGAGGAGUCUGCUGACCUUUUCCCACCCAUUCUUCCACAUGAUCAUCCCAGCAGUCACUCAUUUCACAUAGAUCCAUCACAUUCCUCUCCAGAUCCCCCUCCAGCACCAAUGAAGGACUUGCCUCCCCUCCCACCUCAACCUGGCGCCUGCAUGGUUGACCCCGAAGCUGAUCCCCAAGGCAAGUCCUCCAAGAAUGUAGCUGCAAAGGCCAAAAAACCUGCAACUUCUGGCACACAAAAGCUGGCAGCAGCAAAUAAUGCAGCGCAAAGUAGCAAGACGAAGGCUGGUUCUCAGGCAACAUCAAGUGGUACAAUUAGGUAUUCGUCAAGCUUGGAUACAAAGUCUGCUUCACGGAGUACCAUUGGUAACACAAGACCAGUGUCCGGAAGUGCAAAACCACAAUCAGGACCAAUGGGUAACAAGUCAAUUUCUGCAUCAGUUUAUCUGGACCUUGCAUACCUACCCUCUGGCUAUGCAGCUUCUACAGUCGGUGUGGAUUUUUUCCGCCGCGUUCGCUCGUCCUGCUAUGUAAUAAGUGGGGAAGAAUCAUACAAGGACUCGGUCAUGAGGCCCAUCCUUGAAUCUCUGUUAGAAGGCAAAGCAGCCUGGCCCAACAUACAGGUCACACUGAUCCCCACUUUUGAUUCGCUAACAAUGCACGACUGGUACCAAGAGACGCACGAAAGGCAAAAAGAGCUAGCGAUAACAGUGUUGGGAAGCAACAGUACCGUGGCCAUGCAGGAUGAAACGUUCCCUGCUUGCAAAGUGGAAUUUUGAAUGGAAAGUGGGAAAAAAGAAAUAACUCCUGUUUGAGUGAUUCGAGCACUUAGGCCAAGAGAGAAAUUUUGGCUCAGAGCUUGGGAGCGUUUGUGUAACAGCUCAGAUACGUGUUAACCUUUAAGGAAAAGCUUUAAGCGUUAGCUAAAAAAAAAUACUGUGAAUCUCCAUUAAUGAAGAUUUACAGGAAGUAAUAGAAUAUUAUAAUUGUGUGAACAAAUUUUUUCCUUUUGUAUUGGUAAAAUAUUGGUUUUACCAGUUCCCAAGCUGUAUAGACUUUAUAGAUCCUGAUAAGAUCGAGUUUCUUUUAUCCCAUUCCUACAGUCUGUUGUUGUCUGUUGCUUGGUUGCACAGUUUGGAUUUUUAGCACAAACAGGGAAACACAAAACACAGAGGACUUUGUGAUGGACAGAAAAGUUGUUCGACGGUCAUCGUCCUGGUCCCACAGGGUUCUUUUUAUUGUCUCUAAAUCGCAAAAGUGUCGCUUUGGUUGUUCGUAUAUAAUCAAGCACAUCCCUGGUUUUCCUUCUGUACAGCCGAGAUCACGACUGCAUGUCCGAACAGUUUGAUGUCAGUAUUUGUUUCAUUUUCACGCUUGCAGUUGAUGGUGAUCCUGCACCACUCACAAGCACAAGUGUUUUCUAACUAAUUGUUUACUGCAGCCGUUGGAUUUACUCUGCGUUCGAAUGAAGCUUAAAAAAAACAAAAACAAAAAACAAAACCGGAAAAACCAAAGAACCCACCCCCCCAAAACUUGGAUUUUCAACUUGAAAAUUUGGGUUUGGUCUCCUCAACUCUACGUCAAUGCUUAUACAAAUAAAACAUUUCUUAUAGCUAGAUUUAUUGAUGUAGCUGGCUAGAUUGUUGUUUACAAAAUACAUAUAAAACAAAAUUACGCAUUUAUUCCUUUAGUGACUCAAAUGCUUCUGAGGACAGACUUCUAAUUUUAAGUUAAGUCGAACGCAGCAUUAGUGUAGUCCAGGGCUACAUUUGAUCUAGUAACGGUACACCGUGUGUCAAUAGGUUUUUUGUUUGUUGGUUUGUUCAGUUGUUGUUGUUGUUGUUGUUGUUGUUGUUGUUUUUUUACACAAUCAUGUAUAUUCUUAAUUUUACGAUUUAGAAACAUUUGGCGUGUUUUGAUUGGUAAAUGAGACACUAACCCAAUGUAUCUGGUUCCUGGAUCAAAAUGUUUUUUUUUCUUCAUAAAUAAAAUGCACCAGAUCAACACCACUUUAUCUUCUGCUCGAGACAUGCUGUAAGUUUGAUUGAACUGCAAAGAUCUGUGAGAUGGUGAGUGCCAUGGCAUGGAUGAUGGUAUUAGUAUGAUCAUUGAACCUUUCCAAGCUGAUCUGUUUGAACAGAAUGUACAGAUGUCGAGGAGACCUGAACGCAUGGCCCAGUGCACCACAAUCAGCAGGUUGCCGUGGAAAUAGAAAACGGAAGAAGUUAAAACCAAAACUCAAAAUGUCAUUAUACAGUCAAUGUUCUUUCACACUAGGGUUUAUCAGGGGGCUAAUUGUUACAAUUUAGGGUAGAUUUUAUCCAUAAUUCAGAAAAAAGCAAUUAACUAGGAAUAAAUUGCCUUAAAAAAAUACAAUACUACAAUUUUGCAGUUGAUCCAAAACUCAUUUUGGGAAUUGAACUCAUUCCUUUAAUCAGUGGAGGAUUUUUCUGUUCCCGCAUUGAGGAAAUGGAGCAUGUUGUAAAAGAACACUGUAUGUCUCUCUGAUUAAGUGAUGGUUACUGGAGAAGUGUGGAUGUGGUUUUGUUGAGCAUUUUCAUUUGUGUACUUUUUUUUUUUCCAGCGUUUGUUCCUUCCACAAGCCUUAAACACUAUCAUAUCCAAGUUGGCUAAACAAAUCAUAUGCUUCAGAUACAUGAUUUGCAUACUUGCAAACCCGGGUUAUGUGUGAGUGAAAAUCCAUUUGCAUUAAAACAGUCUGCACUA